GUUUAAUAAACACACAAAGCUGAUAAGAGGAAGAAAUAAAUGAUUAUAGUUGAUACGUCUGUAUUAUCAUGAAGUUCAAUCAAAUAUCAUUUAGUUUGAAUAUAAAGUAUUCAUAAAUAUAUACAUGUAUAUAUAUUGUAUCACAAUGCUGAAAAAUCAAAUCAACAUGCUUAUUGGAGUAAUUAAGAUGAUAUAAACGGAAUAUACAUGUAUGUAAGUAAAUGCAAGUUUGUCGCCAAAAUGCAGUUUCAAAUCGAAGAAGUAAGUUACAGCAUUGGAAGAUUCUUUGACUUAUACCAAAAUAAACUCCCUGUGGUAGUUAUGGUAACACAGGGUUUUUAUGGAGAAAUUAUCGAGGACACCUUCGAUCGAGAACAGGUAAUGUUGAUAAACGCGGUAUCUAGACAGGAGCGUGUGGUUGCAGAAUGCACAUGGCAGGGUAUGCAAAAAUUGUUGAGUAUCCCCGAUGACUACACUGAAAAAUUAUGCGUGAUUAAAAAUGGGAUAGCUGGAGCAGAGUCUUCACUUUACAACAUACUACGAUCUAACAGCUUGCCAUUAUGGGUACAGUUCCCAGCUGACCGUGUGCUUACAGUUUGUAACAAGAGCAUCAAUACAAACCGUGUUCCUGCCUGGAAACUAACAAAACGUUUUGACGAAGUCUAUUUACUUGCAAACACUAUCAUAGACGGUCAAGUUUGUACAGAUGUGACUCAUGUACCUUUAUACCUGUCAAAACUUAGACUCUCGUUGGUAACUGGGCUCAAAGGUCAAUCUUUUGAUAGAUGGAGGGUGUACUUCGACAAUUUGCUUUACAAAUGCUCAUCUAUUGAAUAUGAUCAGCAUUUUGGAAAUCCUAAUAUUGCGGAAUAUGACCCGUCAACUAUACAUUUCACUACGAAGAUGUCAUACUCUGAACCUAAAUCGUAUUCAAGCAUCAUAAGCUUAGUUGAAGGGCAACCUUUAAAAUCCCGUCCACAUCUUUAUGUUCCACUAGGAAGUGAUCGAAAGCAAGAUAAAGAUACCAAAUUUUCCACUAAAGCAAGACCUUUACCACCUUUACCGGAGGAUGUACCUACAUUUAAUCCGAAGAUAAAAAGAGAUUUGGAUACAACAGAAUUAUCCGAAAAAGUGAGCAAUAUGUACAUUACACCUACAUACAAAAUACAGUCAGAUUUAAACAAAUCGUCUUAUUUUGAUGUUCCGCAAAAAUCGUCUCUCGAACCACUUUAUGAUCGGAGAGAAGAAAAAGACGAAAUUAAAUCGGCCGUUGGCAAGGCACCAACGCCUGGACCAAAAUUUGGUUUUCCUCAAUCUGCUCAAUUCACACAUAUUCCAACACCAGAUUAUCCUGAUGAAAAACGAAGUGGUAGCGCACAGCAUUUGUCCAGUCAGAAAACGGAGAUUUAUCCAAAAUAUAACAACGAUAUUCCUAGAGCAACAUUAACACCAACAAUUGUCAGUCACGAAACAUAUCCACAGGAACCACCUCAAGUUCCCACAUCAGAACGAGCUAACAGAACAUUGAAAUACGGACAUUCUAAGAAUGCAGUUAUGAAUGUUGAAAGUCUUUCUAUUCAUGAUGUUACUGAAUAUUUGAAAAUUCUGAACCUCGGUCAAUAUGCUGAGACGUUUAGAAACAAUAUGAUUGAUGGUAUGAUACUGAUAGGUCUCACUGAGAAAAUGUUACGAGAAGACUUUGGCAUGAAUGGAGUAGAGGCCUUUAGACUUUUGAAGUUUGCAAGAGAAGGAUAUAUACCCACUUGAAAAAUAUAAAACGAAUACAAUACAAGAUUUGCAGUCAAAUAAAAAAAGUGUAUGUCAGACCCAGAUUGGCAAAUUUAUUAAACUUGGUUUCCAAAUACUGCGAAACAAUUUGGAAUAAAAGUUUGAUUUAAAAGCCCGGAUAUUACCUGCGGAAUCGAAAACUUCACAAAAAUCUAACGUAGACAAACAUACAUGUAUACAAUUGAGCAAGGUAAAAAUAUGAACAUCAAACCUUGUCAAUAAUAAUAGUAGCUAUUAUUUCACAUCGAAUUAUCUCUCUUUGCUUUAAGCUUUAACACUUUAAAAUGAAAACUAGAAUUAAAUUCAUUUAUUAGUUAACAGAUAAUCUGAAUUUUAGUUAAUGUGAAUGUUUCUUAUCUACAUAGAGGUAGCAGGAACUAGUCUAAAACAAGAUAAAAUGUAGAUCUUAAUAAUUUUGAGCAAUUGAAUUUUAUGAGAACAGUCAAAAAUAUAAAGGCAAUGAUGCUCGAAAUAUGUUUGCUUUAUUUACGUUCAUAGUUGUCCUGAAAAUUAUUUUUUUAGUUUAAUAAUAGCGAACGCCAACUUAAGUUCAGAGAAAUUUAUUACAUACUUUAGUGUUAUUUUUAUCAAUAUGGAAAAAAGGUAAUUGAGCCAUCAAAGAAUGUUUAGACUGCUACAAAUACAUCGUUAACACUUAUUUUAGAGCAAUUAUUUUUAUUUUACGCGUUCUUAAAUUGAAUCAGAAUAUCAUUUUUAUCAUGAUAAUAUAUCUUUUGUUUUUUUCCAACUUUAAAGAAGUUUGAUUACAUUAUGUCAUCUAUAUGUUUUCUAUGUUGUCUGGAUUAUAGGAAUACAAAUUACGCAUAUAUGUGAUGUAUGUGUACGUCAUUUUUCAAGUGACUUAUAUUUUGUUUCAUUUUUUCUGUAAAAAAAGUAUUUCAUUUAUCGUAAACAUUUUACAAACGCAUGUUGUUGUUUUUCAUGAACAACGUGAAAUAAAUGAAUACUGCUGACACCGAAGAAAAUAUAAUUGCGACUAAUAAAU